CGAGCGCGUCCUUGUAGCGCCUUGGCCUCGCCCGGCCAAGCGGAGUGCGGGGAAAGGAGGACCAAGGGGCCGGUGCGGCCGGCGGAGGGCAGGAGGCGUCGCGUGAGUAAAUGCCCAGACCGAAGAUCGUCGAGUGGGAAGGGUCCGCGAGGGUCAUCUAGUCCAGCCUCUUGCGGUGCAGGGAUAUUUUGCUCAACGUAGGACUCGAACCCACGACCCUGAGAGCGCGAGUCUCCUCCUUCACCGGCUGAGCUGUGGAGCGGAGGGGACGGUGGUCCCGAGCCCCUGGUUGAGGGGCUCACACGUCGACUGCACCCCAAGGAAAGGAAGAUAAUUGAAGGGAAAUUGAAUGAGAGUUCCAUAAAUUCUACAAUCAAGAAGUAUAAGCUUUCUUACGGUUGCUAAUGAAGGAUGGCUACUCCAUAUGUUCCUGUUCCAAUACCUAUAGGAAGUUCUACUAGUUUUACCACAAAUAGAAACCAAAGAAGAUCAUCUCUUGGGAGCAUUUCAAUAUGUUCAGAUUCUUCAAAAGCACAACUAGAGGAAUCUUCUAUCAGUAGUUUUAAAAAGAGGAGUGUCCCCGAUGCAAUUGGUGCCACUUCAUCUCCUUGCAAUAGUCCGCUUGUUAGGACUAAAUUUAUAGGUACAAACACAUCUAUGGAAUAUUGCUCUCAAACAUCAGAAGACAGUGAACAAAACAUAAACUCUGGGAGCUGGGAAGAUCGGCCUGCUACGCCUACGAUACUAGGUUAUGAGGUGAUGGAAGAGAGGGCAAAAUUCACUGUUUACAAAAUCCUUGUAAAGAAAAAUCCAGGGGAAAACUGGGUAGUUUUUAGAAGGUAUACGGACUUCUCCAGGCUUAAUGACAAGCUCAAAGAUAUGUUUCCUGGUUUUCGAUUGGCACUACCACCAAAGCGCUGGUUCAAGGAUAAUUACAAUCCUGAUUUUCUGGAAGACAGACAGCUGGGACUCCAAGCAUUCUUACAGAACUUAGUAGCUCACAAAGACAUUGCUAACUGUCUUGCAGUGAGGGAGUUCCUUUGUUUGGAUGAUCCACCAGGACCAUUUGAUAGCCUUGAAGAGAGUAGGGCUUUCUGCGAGACCCUAGAAGAAACAAACUACCGUCUGCAAAAGGAACUUGCUGAAAAACAAAAAGAGGUGGAAGCUCUGAAAAAAAUGCUAAACGAAAAAGAAGUGUACAUAGACGCCAUAGAGAAACAAUUGGGGGAUUUAAAUUUAGGAAAAGUGAAGUAUCGUAAGUUGUCGGGACAAGAGAGUGAGUGCAGUGGAGAAGUGGAAUCCUCUGCAAUAGAGGCAGAUCAAGGAGCCCUAGAAGAAGACAACAGCUCUGAGAAAGAGAAUCAGGCAACAUCUUGGAGCGGUUCAUUGGCUGAAAAUCACGUGCCAGAAAUCGAAGUUGCUGAGGUAGCGUAUACCACCGAUGAAGAGAUGUAAAUACUACCAGCUGCCUUUACAGUAGUGUAAAAAAAGUCAAUGUCUGGAUUGCAUUGAUCAGAAGUAUAUAGUAGCUGUCAAGCAGAAGUUGAGAUGGCAGAAGCUUGAAUGUUUACAUGAACCAAUCUAGAGAAACCUAUGGCAUAGGAAGGAUAUAAGUGCUGCUUUGUCUCAGCCUUUAUCUAGCCUUACGAGAUAUAUAUAUUAAUAUAUAAAAAGCUCUGAUUAAAGGCAGGUCAAGUUGUUCAUGGAAUCCUAAGUGAUGUAUGUACCCAUAUGUAAAGGAUAAAUGCCACAUAUGUAGAUAUACCAAUCAUGUAGCAUGUUGUAUAUCACAUGCUUGCUAUUAAUAUCUCACAUUUUGUAUGGACAGCUUUUUUUGGUAUUUGGAUUUUCAGAUUCUUUAUAUAGGCAUGAAACUUCUGGGAAAUAUAAUUCUGCCAUCUGGACUUGGAAAAUGUAUAUGAUUUCUUGUGGUUUUUAAAGUCAUAAAUGUAAAUAAGUGAUAUGUACAUUUUAAUGCAAUGAUCUAGGAAAGCUUGCAGUACCAAAAUCUUUCAGUAAUGGGAAUAUGAUUUGUUUUCAUAAUGCGGAAAGAAAUAUCGCACUGUGGGCAUUCACCUGCACUUGAAAACAAUAUAAAAGCUGUCUUUUAACUGUUUUUCUUUAAAUGUCCUGACACUUUUGCCACUCAGCCACAUAAUCACCGAAUCAACAAAUUUGCCUUAUAUAAAGAACACCUACCUCUUUCUUUUGUUGCUAAUGCAUAAUUGCGCUGUUAAAAGUAUGUAUAUUAUAAACAGAUAUUUGAGUCAUUAAAGCCAUACUUCUGCACAGUUAAAUAACUAAAUCUAAUUGCAGUUUAUGUUUGCGUGUGUUUAUAAAAUAUUGUACACCCAGGAACACACUAUAAGCUUCACUCUCAUUUUAAAAUUUGUGUUGAACCUAAUAAUGCACUUUAUAACAAAGAAAAUAUUGUGCCAAGUUCAUUGGCUCUGUGCUUUUUGUUCGACCUUUGGACUGAGGGAAGGUGCAAUUGGUUUGUACAGUAAUGCCUUUUUGUAUUUUGCUUGUUACAGAUGUUAUAAUAGUGUGUCAGCUUUAUGGAAUCUU